AUGUUUACCUGGAAAGUUUAUGUUGCAGCAUUUAUUGUAUUAGCAGGUACCUUCUUGAUGCAUCGAAAUACAAGCACAGAUAUGACAGAUAGUUUAAAACGAGAAGUGGACUUGCCAAUACCGGUACAGCCAAGUUCACCAUUCCCACUUGUUACUGAGUAUUGUGAUAUUGUAAGCGGAUUUGGUCGUGGUUCUGCUGAACUGGGUGUUCCUACUGCUAACGUGCCUAUAGAGCAGUUACCCAAAAGUAUAAAUGAUUUGGACUUAGGAGUUUACUUUGGAUUUGCUCAUAUUAGAGCCGUUGAUAGUGAAGAAGCUUCUGUGGAAACAAGACAGGAGGGGAGAACUGUGACUUACAGUUACGGUCAAUAUUUAAGUGAAGCAAACGGCGAUUUGGACGUACUUCCCAUGGUACUUUCCGUGGGGAAAAAUCCAUUUUAUGGGAAUGAUUUUAAAACCAUGGAAUUGCAUGUUCUACAUGACUUCAAGAACGACUUUUACGGGGCCAAGGUCAAGUUCAAUAUUUUGGGUCACAUUAGGCCUGAGCUGAACUACACAACGAAGGAGGCCCUAAUCAAAGAUAUCAAUAUUGAUAUUAAGAUUGCGCAAACCGUACUUGCUACACCAUCGUAUCAAGCAUACAAACGACAAUUAUAG